AUGGCGGCUUAUAUCUACAUUGCCAGCAUUGGGCAGACCGAGGAGCGGCAGCAAGGCGCGCCCCACCCCGGCGGAGGGGACGGUUUUCAGCUGGAAGUGGUGGUAGGACAGCUAGGACUCAACGCCACCGAGGGAUCGCCCAUUCCGCGCAUUCCUGCCGGGCUCCUUUGCAAACUCCGGCCCCGGGGGUGGGGACCGCCGCAGCUCCGCGCCCCGGCCCCGCAGCCGUCGCCGCGGCUGGAAGACUUGGCGCCCCGCGCGGACCUGCUGCAGCCGGCCGAGCGCUCCCACCCCGCCUCCCGCACUCUUGGGACCGGUCCAACGGGCGCUCCUCCAAGCCGAGCCUUGGAGGGCAAGGCCGGCACCAUUACCUCCAACGAGUGGAGCUCUCCCGACUCCCCCGAGGGGAGCAGCAUCUCUGGGGGCAGCCAGGCACUGGACAAGCCCAUCGACAAUGAUGCAGAGGGUGUGUGGAGUCCAGAUAUUGAGAAAAGCUUCCAGGAGGCAAUGGCCAUUUACCCACCCUGUGGCCGCCGCAAAAUCAUCCUGUCGGACGAAGGCAAGAUGUAUGGUCGGAAUGAGCUGAUCGCACGCUACAUCAAGCUCCGCACAGGGAAGACCCGUACCAGGAAGCAGGUCUCCAGCCACAUCCAGGUGCUUGCCCGUCGAAAAGCCCGGGAGAUCCAGGCCAAACUCAAGGUAAGGAAAGCAGUGUCAGCAAGGAGAGAACCUUGGGACUUGGGGUCCUCCCUUCCCAUGUCUCCCCAGGACCAGGCAGCUAAGAACAAGGCCCUGCAGAGCAUGGCUGCCAUGUCGUCCGCCCAGAUCGUCUCCGCCACAGCCUUCCACAGUAAAAUGGCUCUUGCCCGGGGCCCUGGCUACCCAGCAAUCUCAGGGUUUUGGCAAGGAGCUUUGCCAGGCCAACCUGGAACGUCCCAUGAUGUGAAACCUUUCUCCCAAAACGCCUACACCGUUCAGCCUCCACUGCCUCUGCCAGGCUUUGAGCCUCCUGCAGGACCUACCCCAUCGCCCUCUGCACCACCAGUUUCCCCGUGGCAAGGCCGCAGUGUGGCCAGCUCCAAGCUCUGGAUGUUGGAGUUCUCCGCUUUCCUGGAGCGCCAGCAAGAUCCUGACACGUACAACAAGCACCUGUUUGUGCACAUCAGCCAGUCGAGCCCAAGCUACAGUGACCCCUACCUCGAAGCCGUGGACAUCCGCCAGAUCUAUGACAAGUUCCCGGAGAAGAAGGGCGGCCUUAAGGAGCUGUUUGAUCGGGGGCCCGCCAACGCCUUCUUCCUUGUGAAGUUCUGGGCAGACCUCAAUACCAACAUCGAUGAUGAGGGCCGCACCUUCUAUGGGGUCUCUAGCCAGUAUGAGAGCCUGGAGAACAUGAUCAUUACCUGUUCUACUAAGGUCUGCUCCUUUGGCAAGCAAGUGGUGGAGAAAGUUGAGACAGAGUAUGCUCGCUAUGACAAUGGCCGCUAUCUGUACCGCAUCCACCGGUCGCCGCUCUGUGAGUACAUGAUCAACUUUAUCCACAAGCUGAAGCACUUACCUGAGAAGUAUAUGAUGAACAGCGUGCUGGAGAACUUCACCAUCCUGCAGGUGAUCACCAAUCGAGACACACAGGAGACCUUGCUGUGUAUUGCAUAUGUCUUCGAAGUGUCGGCCAGUGGACACGGGGCUCAGCACCACAUCUACCGGCUCGUGAAAGAAUGAGAGACUUGGAGAACGAUGGUGGGGGGACAAAUCCAGGACGUGGGGACCUGGGAGGGAACCUUCAGGGAUGGCCCCCGGAAGUGCCGAGAGAGCUGAGCAGAGGAGAAAACUGCCUGAUCUUGCAGUGCCCAACCCCCAAUAAACCCAAGGUGUCGAGUGUUUUCAGAGGCGCUGGUCUGGCUGUAUGAGCCCAGAAGGGCAGGGGAGAAGGGGGCACCAGGAAGCAAGCUGGAAGCAAGCCCAGAGAUGCCUCCAGAUGGUCCAGGAGCCAGAACCCCAGUGGACUCAGCCAGACACUUAUCAUCAGACACCAAAGCUCAAGACCCAGUGGUCCCUUCUCAGCUACCGGAACAUUCUGCUGUUGGUCACACUAGUGGCCCGAGGACAGAUGGCAUGUGGGUCACACAGCCAGAGACGCUGUGCAUGCCCAAGUGUGCACUGUCAGCCUGGCCAUGACUGCCUGAGGACAGCUGCAGCAGAGGGCCCCACCCCUGCAAACAGGGCUGGAUUUAGAUGUGGCUGCAACAAAGUCAUUGGCUGGAGACUGGGUAAGAGUUACUCAGGUGGCUCUGCAGUGGCCCUGCAUGGGGCGGUGGCUCCAGACAAGGCUUGGAGGUAGCGAGUCCUGCUUCAGGGCCAGUGUGGGUGCUGCUUGGCCCUGUCAGGCUCCUCAGCUUCUCUAUUAGUGCCCUUUCCUCUCUGCUCAGCGCUGGUGAGGAGAGGAUGUCUGUAAAGUACGUGGGUCAUGCCGGGCGGUGGUGGUGCACGCCUUUAAUCCAGCACUUGGGAGGCAGAGGCUGGCGGAUCUUUGAGUUCCAGGACAGCCAGGGCUACACAGAGAAACUUUGUCUUGAAAAACAAACAAAACAAACAAAAAAAGUAGCUGGGUACUGUGCCAGUUAAAUAAUCUGGUCCUCAGCCCCAGCCCCUUGCUUCCCUCCCUCGGGAAGGCUUGGAUCUGGCCCUCUGCUGCCCUCUCAAGGCUUUCUGGUGUCUGCUGCCCCAGGUGGAGCCUCAGGAAGAAAGAUUGAACCUGGGCGUGUUUGUGUGUGCCCAGAACUCAGGGAUGUAUCUGUGGUGAUGCAGAAAUGGGCAGGGCAGCGUUGAGGGGAUGCUACAGAGGUGAGAAACGAGGGCUCUGGAAUCAGUCUAACCUAACUUUGAUGUGCAGCCUCUAGUGUGUUAAUGUCAUGGUGCCUCAGUUUUCCCAUCUGUAAAAUGGGUAUAAUACUCACCUACCUCGUGUAUGAACGGUGCCUCAUAUAGUGCUGAGCACACCCACAGUUCAAUAAAUAUGCAUCGGUACUACCGUGGGAGCUUUCGGCUCUAGCUGAGGAGCCAGACU